UGACAAUAUAAAUUGUUAAGUUUAUUCGCGUUUUGUCAAAUUUUAUAAAAUAUUAACGAAAUAUUUUAAUCUUCAGAGUCUAUUUUGUCAUAUUACUGCAUAAUAAACAUAUAAGAAUGUUUCAACAAAGUGGUUUUCAAGUGUUAUAAUAAUAUUUCUGUUCUGUACACGGCGCGGUAACAACCACGGUUCAAGUUGAUUGCAAAAUGGCGUCGGGCGUCCUACGGUAGAAUGCGUCAUAAAUAGAAUCAAAUCGUAUGUGUCUAUAAUGGCUAAAAAUAGAGGACUUACAGUGAACUAGUUGCAAGAUAUUGUAUUAAAAAUGUCAAACACAGUGAUAACUAAUUACACAGACCUCAAUGGACCAUCUACAAAGGCGGAUAGUUCUGUUGUUGUUAUUGUAAACAAGGAUGGAUCACUUUCUGUUGAUCAGAACUUGCUUGGAACUCUCAUGGGCAGUGAUGGUUCACAAGGAGCUGGUAUAAGUGUGGUAAGAGUUGGCCAUGAGGGUAGGCCUGAUGAUGCUACUGAUUCUGAAUCGGAUGAUGAUAAAGUGCCUCAUGUCACACUCUCUGUGGACAGUUAUUAUAAUGAGCCCAACAGUAUAAUAAAAUAUGACAGUGGUGCUGAAAUGCUACAGUCACUGAGAAUAGAAACAAGAGAAAAUAGUUUAGUGGGUUUCCAAAAUGAUCAUUGUUAUACCACACUCACCUCCCCUAGUCAAACAUUGCCACAACAAAGAAUUGAUAAUUUCAUGGGUUAUGAUGAACCACAAAUUGAAAUAAUAAAUACACCACCACCAAAACCUGUGCCGAGUACAAAGAAAAUUACUAUACUAGAACAGCAAAUUAUUCCUAAAGGUAAAAAGAUUUUAAUAAAUCCUUCUGAUGCUUCAGUAAUAUUAAAGGGCAGUGAUGUACUAAAUAAGCCAUUAACAGUCUUAUCAAAAUUGAAGCAUGUUAAUGAUCAAGGAAAAGCUACAGAUGUUAUCCGAAAGACUGAAGAAAGUAUUGAAUCAUCAUCAAUAAGUUCAUCUGGAGAUAGUAUUCCUGAUAGAGACUCCGACUCUGAUUAUAAAGAUGUCAGAGAUAGGGUAUCUUCUCAGAAAAUAAAAAGGAAUAAAUUGAAACCAAGAAUUCUCAAAAGUGUUAAUCCUACUAAGUCUGCUAAGGUAGAUCCAAAAUUAUCAUCUAGACUAAAGGCCAAUAAAACUCUACUAAGAAAAGAAAAUAAAGAAAAAACUCAGCAGAAAAAUGUCUUGGAAAAGAAACAACAUGAAAUUGAUAUUGAAAGUCUUAUUCCUACAUCUGAAAUAUCACUAUCUUCUUCUACAACUAAUGAUCUCAAUAAGAAUGUUUCCAAAGCUACUCCUAAAUUGCUUAAAAAAGAAAAGAAAACACCAGCUCAUGUUACAGCUUUAUUAAGUGAUAUGACAUCAUUGUUUUCAACACCAGAUGUAAUACGAAGAGUGUCAACAGAUGGUAAAUUUCCAGCAAAACCCACUGAUAAAGAGACUUUGCCUGGUGAUAGUAAAAAGAUAACUACUACUUCUAAUAAACCAGUAGAUAUAAUUGAAGGAAAAUUAGAUGCUAAAUCUGUUGACAAUGUAGAUAAAUCUAAGAUUACCAUGUCACACAGAACUUAUUCUAAACAAAAAGACAAGAUAAUAAAUCCUCCUGAAAAAGUUUCAAAGGGGUAUGAUUUAAUACCACAGCUAGAUGAUGCUAGUUUAGCACAAAUAUUGCAAGACACAACAACUAUUGCUAAUCCAGUGAAAAUUCAACCAAAUGUAACUACUACCACAAAUACUCUUAGUAGUCCUGGGUUGGCUGGGCCAUUGUCGCCAACAUUAGAUUUAUUAGGGGGUUUGCAGCCAGAGGAAGAAGGCCUAACUGAGGACUUGUUGAUGCAUGUUGCACAGUUGGUAGAAAGUUCAGAAAAUUUGCAAGAGGUUAUAGACAAACAAGUUUUAGGGAAAGUAGAUGGCAAUCCUAAAGGACCAGUACAAACACCAUUUCAACAGGCACACACAUCAACUACACCUUAUAUACAAACUGUCUCUAAAUCUGUGAAGAGUCCUGCAGUUCGUAAAGAUCCGAUUGAAAUUGUUAGAAAAGAUGGUCGUGUGAUUACUUUGCCACCUAUUGAGGCACCAGCUACUAGAUCAUCUAAACGAAAAAGUCAAAUAGAAACUACAGCCACUCCUGAUGGAUUGUCAACCUCUAUACCAGUUACACCAACUCCUGUGGCUACAACACCUGAACCGCAAGUGCAAGCUGUCUCUAAACAGUAUAUAAAUAAAAAGCUUUUAAAUAAGAAACAAGAACCGCCAACAACAACUCCAAUUGUUGAUAAAAUCUCAGCAGAAUCACAAGAAAGCUGGAAUUCAGAAGAUGAUCCUAACAGGUUAUGGUGCAUAUGUAGACAGCCACAUAAUAAUCGUUUUAUGAUAUGUUGUGAUGGUUGUGAAGAUUGGUUCCAUGGUAAAUGUGUUAAUAUAACAAAAACUAUGGGCCAACAAAUGGAAGAACAAGGUAUUGAAUGGAGAUGUCCUAAUUGUGUGAAAAAAUCGAAACCAUCAGCUAAAGCUGCCACCAAGGUUGUGAAAAAAACUGUUAAUGAAGGUACGGCAAUUCCACCGCCUGUCAUCAAGGAAUCUUUAUCUAAAACCAUUUGCAUAGUGUGCAAGAAAUCUGCCCGUGCUAGUAGUAUUUACUGUAGCGAUUCAUGCAUUCUAAAACAUGCACAGGACUCUCUGGCAACUCCGAGUAGUUCUAGUAAAACUGAGGGGCAACAAGGAAAAUUGCAGGAGAAACAAAAGGCGGACUCCAGGGUUAUAGUCUACGAACGUAAAACUGGAAGGAUAUUGGCUGGACCAAAUGCUCCUACAGCAGAAAAUUUAAAGGCCUGGUUGCAAAAGAAUCCCACAUUUGAAGUUGUACGCCCUGGAACUUUAAGUGCCAUUAAACCUAAUAUAUCCAAACGCAAGCUUUCCAAUGAACCACAUAAAAUACAGACUACUCUCAAUUUUGAGAAAAUCCCCCGAAAAAACGUUGAACAAUCGCAACCUGCUAAGAGUCAGCAGGUUGAAAAUAAAGAAAAAACACCUAAAAAUGUUACUCCAACAAGAGAAGAUUCAAAGAUUGUCUCUCAACCUAAAACGCCUGUGACUCCUCGACCACAAGCUUCUCAAUACACCGACACACCAAAACCAAGCACCUCUUUCGCCAAAACUACGCACGAGCCACGUAAAUUGGUUCGUGGAAGUUUAAAUAGAUCUCAAUCAACUCAGGAUAAGGUAUCUUCAGUUUCACCGUCCACAUCACGCAGAAAAGACGCUGGCGAUAAUAAACAUAAAAUGAAUUCUCCUGAACCAAUACGUGAGAAUGUGCGGAAAGCAUUGCAGGAGCAAAUGACAUCACGUAUGGCGGAACAUGACGGACCUAGAUUUAGUGAAGAAGAAAUACAACAGUUUGUGUAUGAUACUGAAGAUGAAUUGCAUGAACUAUUCAAAGAUGUGGGAAUGAAAUAUAAAGCCAAGUAUAGAUCUUUAAUGUUCAAUAUUAAAGAUCGCAAGAAUCUAUCCCUGUGGCAGAAAAUUUGUGACCGAGUUAUUACACCCAAAGAAUUGGUGAGACUGUCCCCUGAAGAAUUAGCAAGUCAGGAAUUAGCUGAAUGGAGAGAUCAAGAAGCUAAACAUCAACUGGAGUUGAUAAAGAAAUCAGAGUUAGAUCUUUUAGCAGCCAAUAAAACCUAUGUCUUAAAAACACAUAAAGGUGAAGAGGUAAUGGAAACUAAGGAAUCUGUAUCUACAGAACUUGACCCAAAUGUACCUGUGGAGGAUGUAGUGGCAGUUUUAAAUGAUAAAACUGUUGGUGAAGAUGUUCUAAAUGAAAUUUCUCAGGAACCAAAUACUGUCAAGAAGGAAAAAAAAUACGGAAGAAAAAAGGGAAGAGACGAUAAAAGCUCUAGUCAUACUAAAAAGAGCAAUCGAGAAUCUAAACGAGAUUCAGAAAAGAGAAAAUCUCAAACCCGUAAAAGAGCAUUGGAUGAAAAAAGCAAAGAGUCUCAUGACGACAGCAGGUCCACCCGUAGAUCGGAUAAAAGAAAGAGUAAAAGAACAAAAUCUGACUCGAAGGAUAGAUCAAAUAUUGAAACCAAAGAAAAAUCGGAUUCCGAAAGAUCGAGACAUAGAUCUCAGUCAAGAGCAAAAUCUAAGCAGCGAUCAAAAUCCCGAGAACAUUCAAGAUCAAAGUCAAAAGGCAGAGAUGAGGAAACAUCACGGUCACGAACUCGCUCGAGGCGGCGUUCGCCUUCUGUGAGCAGUAGAAGGAGACGUAGUUCUAGGUCUAAACGCUCGAACAGCAUUGAUGAAAAGUUCAAGCAACGUUCUAGAUCACAAGAAAAUACAUCUAGCAAAAAUAAAAACGAUUCUACUGACUCAGAUUCAGUUGAGCGGCCAAAGUCGGCAAUGUUAAAAGAGUCACAUCCUGAGUAUGAUCCACAUGAACCUAUGAUCACUUCUGCAUUUUCUGAUGAAGAUUUGAGAAAGUCAAGAGAAGAUGUUUUUGAAAACAGCUUCAAAAAUGACAUUGAUGAUUUUGGUGGUGAUUUUGACCCUACUAAAACAUUCUCCAUUGAUACAAAUAUUACAUUACCAACUGCAAAACAAUUGGGAAAACAAGACAGAAUAUCAGAGGCAGAAAGCGAUCAGGAGCCGAGCAGUACCUCAGCGAUUGUAUGGAAUGGCUGUAUUAAUAUGGUAGAUGUGGCUAGGUUUUAUGUAGCGGCGCACGAGGUUUCGGGAAGCGGUCAAGAUUUAGAAGAAGAUCUGAACACGGAAUUGGACAUCGUUGGAAGAAUAAAUCCAGAUACUGUUUGGGAUUAUAUCGGAAAAAUGAAGAGAGCUAGUAAUAAAGAUAUUGUUAUCUUAAAACUUCAGGCUGCAAAUGACGAGGAAAAAAUGCAAUAUAUUGCACUUUAUAGCUAUCUUAGUAGUCGCAAUAGGUUGGGUGUGGUGAAGGUGUCUAGUACGACAUCAGUAAAAGAUUUCUAUAUUGUUCCUUUACCUGCGAACACCACUUUACCGCCUGUAUUACUACCCCUUGAAGGGCCUGGACUUGGAGAAGCAAAAAUGCAUCUUCUCAUUGCAAUAGUGAUUCGGCAAAGAAAAAAGCGUCCGGCUACUCAUAUUCCUAAAGAUAUUGUUCCAGCAAAGUUAGUACGCGAGUCUCGUAAACGUUCCUACACGCCGCCGUUAGUAAGCAGGAGCACUUACACGCCUCCGACGUCACCGCGACGGCGUCCUCUCCCUCUACCAACAUACACUUCGCCAGCGCUCUCUACUUCAGUGAAGGACAAAAUAGCUGCAUCUUUGGCUUCGGCAGACGACGAAGAAGCUUACAGCCCGGGAUCGUCGAGUAGUGGCAGCAGUUCUCAAAUGCCAGUGCCUCCUCCUACUUCCAGCACACUGCGUUGUAAAAUGGAAGAACUUAAUAGGCAAAUUGAAGAACAGAAACAACAAAUACUUAAAAUGGCCCAAGCCGAUUCGUCAGUAGGGGAAGAUGAAGCAUAUUCCCCAUCCCGACCUAUGACUCCACCGCCAGCGACGGUAGUGCCCCUCGCUGAUAUAGCAUUGCCAUCAAAUCUACAAGAGAUACUUGCCACGAUCAAGCAGCGGGAGACAACAACUGCCGAUGUUGAUAUGCGUACUUUACCCUUACCAUAAUGAAUAUUUAAGUUAGUUAUACACACAUUAGGUAUAUUUAGACGUAAACUUCACGGAAGCAUUUUGUCGUUUAGACCUUAUUAUAUUGAUAGAUAUUGCUAGGUAUUUUUUUAUAUAUUCGAAUAAUUUUUGUUCGCGCUAUUUAUAUAUAUUAUCGUGAAGAUAUGCACUAUAAUAUAUGAUUUUCAAAAUAGAUUUAAUUCAGAGAUGAUAAACGAAAAUAUGUGAAGCGUACAUAUGAAUUAUGUAAACAAUUUAGUAGUGUGCAAUAGAUGGAUGUAUUAUACUAAUGCGCAAGUGUGCAACUAUAAUAUUUGAACAUAACAGUUGACUUCCCUUUUUGUAUAUACUUUUAUGUUUAGAGUAUGUUGUACAAAAAAUAGAAUAAUCAUUAGUGGUUUGAUUUACUAAAUAUUAGUGAAAAUUGGAAAUUAACUUUUCUCGUGAAAUAUGAAAUGUGACGGAUGAAAGAAAAAUGUUAAUAUAAAAUGAAAUAAAGACAUGUUCAAAAGAA